CAGUUUUCGACUUCAGUUUCAGUUGUCAAGAUCAGUGUCAAGUGCCGGACGUUGCCUCGCUGUUUUCUUAAAUAAUAUAUAGAAAUUUACAAUGAAGUCUGUUGUGUGCUGUGUGAUGCUCCUGUUUAUUGGUGGCAUCGUGGAAUGCACUGCCAGGGCAAGUGUUCAAGGAUUUCUUGAAGGAGCAUUACAGUCAUCAUUAAUUUUACAGAGUCGUAAUCACAACGAUCCACCAGCUGGCAAGCUGCCAAUUACACUGUAUUACGAAUCACUUUGUCCAUAUUGUCGAGCAUUCGUCACAGAGCAAUUGAAUCCCUCGAUGGUGCGUCAGGAUCGUCUUGCCUUCACAGAGUUAACCCUGGUGCCCUAUGGCAAUGCCCGAAAAGACAACACGACGGGCAAGGUGACAUGUCAGCACGGCGAACUGGAGUGUGAACUAAAUGCCUGGCAUGGCUGCAUCCUGGAGCAUCAUAACAUCACGGACGCGUUGAAGUUGAUUGCUUGCAUGAUGCGUAGUGGAAAGAAUCAGAUCGACAAGUGCGCCACCCGUUACAAUAUCGAUGUCGCCGCCGUCAAAGAAUGCAAAAAAUCGCGCAGCGUUGAAGAUAUAUUGGAAAAGUAUCGCAAAGAGACGCAAAAAAUUGUUCACCUUUAUUCUGGUGUUCCUGCAAUAGCUGUGGAUAACGUUUAUAAUCAAGCUGACCAAAACGAUCUAACUGAUAAUUUCGACGAUUUCUUUUGUGCCAAAUAUGAAGCUAAGUUCAACAAGAAAUUGAAAAACUGCCUUUAAUAUGGUCUUAGAGAUCUGAUCACAUUGUAAUAUUCAAUAAAGACCGACACGAAUACAUAUAAACAUACAAUUUAGAAGCUAGUUUAAAAAAAAUAGAUAAAAUUAUAUUUACGAUUCGAU